AGGAACACUCCUUCCUGUAGACCAGGCGUGUCUAAGAGGGAGUGACUUUGAGCUCGUCUCCAAACCAGACUCAGAUCUCUUUUCAGAGGAAUCUUGGCCAUCCCGCGAGUUACACAUCUCAGAAAGCCCUCCCUGAGAAGCCGCCACCAUGCCUGAGACCGCAGAAUCCCACUCUGUGACCCUCACCACCAAUCGUAACUGCACCAUGGAGAUCACCAAUGUCAGCGCUGUUUACUGUCUCGUCAACCCAAAGAUUUACAUGGAGAGCGGCUUCCCAUUUAGUCCCCCGCAGCCCACUGUCCGCACCACCAAGACCGAGGUGUGCUCCUUCAUCAAGGAUGACAACACGGCGUCCGGAGCCGUGGGGGUCCUGACGUACGAGCUGUUUAACAUGCGCGACCGGCGCUGCAGUGACCUGAUGGCCAUCAUGUUCUCUGUGCCGUUCGACUACAACUUCUACAAGAACUGGAUUGCUGUGGGCAUCUUCGAGCAGACGCGCCCUUGCGAUGAGAAGCUGUAUGACACAAUGUACAAGGGCAAGGAUUUCACCAACUUUGUGCGGCAAGAAGGCAACGGCUCCGGCCUGGUCUACCAGGGCAGGGAUCUGGACGUGAGGGCCUGCAUGUCAGAUGUGGGCAAGGCGAUCAUCAAAGUGGAGCUGUAUGACAAGAUGGGCAGAUGAAUUGUUUGUAUUGUUCAAAUAAAAUGAAAACCAUACGGUUGGCAGUCCUUGUUGAUUAUUCCUGUCAUUGUGGGUACUUUGAAUAAAUAAAAAAAAUACAUUCUAAUCCA